ACGGAGGGGCGGGCGGAGCUCACCCACGUGUCCCACUCCACGCCAAAGCGGAGGCCUUCUAAGCCAUGGGGCGCAAGUUGGACCCGAACCGGCAGGCAAAGCGCGGGCCAGGUCGGAAGGCCCGCAAGCAACGUGGGGCGGAGGAGGAGCUCGCCCGCUUUUUGCCGCCCGCACUUGAUGACAAUGCAACAAAACUUUCCACUCAUGCCCGACGAAGAGCUGCAAAAAGACGGAUUAAAUCUGAGAAACUGCAGAUGAACAAGAAUGUCCCCAAUCACCAAAAUGUGACAGCUAAAAGGAAAACACUCAAGUUGGCAAACAAGGGGAAAAGUUCUCCAGAGAACGGUGCAACUAACGGUAGCACUGAUGCUGCCACGCAGCUCGCUUCCCCUGCCUUAAGGAAGAAAAGAUCCAGGACUGAAGAGAGCAAAGAAGACAAAGAAGAAAGCAUGGCUUUCAGCGAUGAAGAUGAUCUAAGUGAGGAUGAGAUUAUGGAUGACCAUGGAGUUGCUUCCUCUAGUGAUGAAGAGCUCCUGCCUAUAGAACGAGCUGCUCGAAAACAAAAGACGGAAGGGGAGGACAUCAGUGAGGAUGACAGUGAGGAGGAGACACCACCGUCCAAGCAGAGGACAGAGCAAGAGGAAGAAAAGGACACUAACCUGAAGCUCAACGUGGAGGCAGAGGAGUGCUUCGUGCUUCCCAGUGGGCAGGAGAUAGAGAAGGAAGCUGCUCAGCCUCCUGAUCUCCAACUCAUUCAUCAGCGUAUAAAAGAUAAUAUGGAGGUGCUUCAGGAUUUCAGUUCGAAGCGAGAGAAGGGACGCUCAAGGCAGGAAUAUUUAUCCCUUCUUCAUCAGGAUCUUGCUGCAUAUUACUCUUACAGUGAUUUCUUAAUUGGAAAGAUGACAGAACUCUUCCCUCUGUCUGAGCUAGUUGAAUUCUUGGAAGCCAAUGAGGUCUCUCGGCCAGUGACCCUCCGCACCAAUACACUGAAGACAAGACGCCGUGAUUUAGCCCAGGCCUUGAUAAACCGUGGAGUGAAUUUAGACCCAUUAGGAAAGUGGUCAAAAACCGGGCUUGUUGUUUAUGACUCCUCUGUGCCUAUCGGUGCCACCCCAGAAUACUUAGCUGGACACUACAUGCUGCAAGGUGCUUCCAGCCUUCUCCCUGUUAUGGCUCUGGCCCCUCAGGAGAAUGAGCGCAUUCUGGACAUGUGCUGUGCCCCAGGAGGCAAGACCAGUUACAUAGCUCAGCUGAUGAAGAACACAGGGGUGAUACUAGCCAAUGACAGCAAUGCGGAACGUUUGCACAGUGUGGUGGGAAACUUGCACCGCUUAGGAGUCACAAACACUGUUGUGAGCCACUGUGACGGGCGCCAGUUUCCUAAGGUGCUGGGUGGAUUUGACAGAGUCUUGCUUGAUGCUCCCUGCAGUGGUACUGGUGUUAUUUCAAAGGACCCCACAGUCAAAACUAAUAAGGAUGAAAAGGACAUUUUGCGCUGUGCUCACCUGCAGAAGGAGUUGAUCCUCAGUGCCAUUGACUCUGUUAACGCAACCUCUGAGACUGGGGGAUACAUUGUGUACUGUACUUGUUCAGUCAUGGUAGAAGAGAACGAGUGGGUGGUGGAUUAUGCCCUGAAGAAGCGCAACGUCCGCUUGGUACCAACGGGUCUGGACUUUGGCAAAGAAGGAUUUACCCGGUUUAGGGAGCGUCGUUUCCAUCCUUCCUUGAAAUCCACACGCCGUUUCUAUCCGCAUACCCACAAUAUGGAUGGGUUUUUUGUGGCCAAAUUGAAAAAAUUUUCCAAUGCCAUUCCUAAACCUCUGAAAGAUGAAGUGCCCAGUGAGGAGCUAACAACGCAAGCAGUAAAAGAUGGAUCUGCUCCAGCUCCAACUGAACCUCCAUCUAAAAAGAAAAAAGGUCCAGAAAGUAAAGCCAAUCAGCAGCCGGCUUCAAAGCAAGAGCUUUCAGCUGCAAUUGCAGGCAGGAAGGAGACUAAAGGAGAAUUGAAUGCUAAUAAAAAGAAGAAACUGCUUGUUGCCUCCAAGAAAAGCAAUUUUCAGAAGAAGUCCAGACUCUUGAAUGCUGCUAGGCCCUCUCCUGGAGGACUAAGGGCUAAAUCAACUCCCAGAAAAAAAGGCGGGGUACAACGAAACCCCCAGUAGAAGGGGGCUGUUAGGUUUCAUACACCAUGGAAUAAUUGCUGGCAAUUCUGGGGUGACUGUUGGGAGAUCUUGACUACCAAGAUAACUUGUCCUGGCAAGACUCGUGCAGAAGGCAUUUCCCCUUUGCACUUCAGGUGUUUCAUUUAUUUUUAGCCUGUUGAAGGGCAGAGACUAUUUGUAUGAGACCCCUACCUGUCAUUAAAAAUUUCCUUGAUCUCA